UUGCAACACGAAGCGGCGGCAGCAACAGUUUGUGGGCCGGGCAAGAUCCCUCUGAUAAACCGAGCAGCCUUAUCAGCGGACAAAAAAACAUCCACAGUGGUCUCAACAACGCAUUUUACCAAACAGCAGCAGCUGCGAACAGCAAGUGCGAACUCGCGGACCAUAUGGUAGCGAACUAAGUGUAGAAUUUAAACUGUGAAGUCGUUUUUAUUUUCGUUCUUUUGUACCUGUGCGUUUCGCAUGAGCCAUUUUAUUACCUGACGCCAAAAAGCAGCCCAAAAUGGUAGCCAGCACAGGCCGAAUGCGGUCAUUGACUCUGCCCGUGCUGCUGCUGCUAACUGCGGGAGUCCUAUUACUGGCUGCGACCCCCACCCUGCUGCAGGAGCCCGAGGGGACACUUAUUUUUGCACAUGUGCUCUUCCGCCACGGUGAUCGCACACCGAUAGAUCCUUACAAGAAUGAUCCUUGGAAGGACGCUAGCCACUGGUCGGCCGGCUGGGGCCAGCUGACGAAUGCUGGAAAAUUGCACCACCUGCAGCUUGGCAAAUGGCUGCGCGCCCGAUACAACAGCUUGCUGCGACCGACGUAUAGCAACGAUGAACUGUAUGUUCGUUCCACCGACGUAGAUCGGACGCUGAUGAGUGCGGAAGCCAACCUGGCCGGACUGUACCCUCCGCAAGGGUCCGACGUGUGGGAUUCCGGAAUGAGCUGGCAACCUAUUCCGGUGCAUACGGUUCCGGAAGAGCUGGAUGCCGUACUGGCGGCGAAAAAGCGUUGCCCAGCGUUCGACCACGCACUGAAGGUGUACCGCCAAUCGGAACCGUACCACUCGUACAACAGUUCCCUUGCACCCCUGUACCGCUAUCUGACGGAGAACACGGGUCAAACGUACAAUUCCAUGUCGGGCGUACAGAACCUGUACAGCUGUCUGUUGAUCGAGGAGCUGAACAACUUUACACUCCCCGACUGGACCAAACAAGUGUAUCCGGAGCCACUGAGAAGCAUUUCCGCCGUGACGUUUGCCGUGAAGACGAACACAUCGCAACUGGCCCGGCUCAAGAUGGGACCGCUGGUAAAAGAGAUUCUGAACCGAUUCCGCUCGAAGGCAGCCGGCAAACUGAAACCGGAUCGAUCGCUGUGGAUCUACAGUGCGCAUGAUGUGACGGUGGCUAGUCUUUUGAAUGCGCUGCGGGUAUUUGAGUUGCACAAUCCUCCGUUCGCGGCUUGCAUUAUGCUCGAGUUACGCCGGCCGAUAAACGGUGACGGUGAUCCUUACGUGCAGAUAUUCUACAAAAACACAACCAACGAACCGUUUCUGCUGCCCAUUCCGGGAUGCGGUGAACGGUGUCCGCUGGAUGAGAUGUUUAAGAUUUACGAUGACAUCCUGCCGAAGAAUUGGGACAGCGAGUGUGAGCUAUCGCUGCUUUCCAUGUCAUACGUUGAGGCCGAUCUGCACUCUACGACUGGGAUGCUGGGAAUCAUACUGCUCACCGCUAGCACACUCUUGGUCCUGCUGACCGUGAUAGUCGUUGUGAAGCGUCGCAACAGUAUGCACAGCGAACGGUGGUAUCUGCGAAUCGAUGGCUAAAGAAUUGACUGAUUCUCUUAUAAAAUGCUAGUCGCUGCCUGUAGCAUUUCACGAGGCUGACUGAUUGUUUUUAUUAAUUUCGAUUACAAAUAGAUACGCGCGCUAAAGCACUGGCAACAGAACAGGGUGGUAGGGCAUCGGUAACUGUAACAUAUAGACAAAAUCAUGGUUGGAUUAAACAGAAGAAAACUAUGACUGUUAAUAUCGAAAGAA